CUAUGCGACCACCUUCAAUAAUGUCCCCAUUAACUAUAAUUUAUAAAAUAACCUUCAAAUUUCAUACUAUCCCCCACCACCACCCAUCCUCCUCUUUGUCCUCUCUAUAUAUACCCCCCAACCAUCAGCCAUCCUUCUUCGCCCUCCAUUUCCAAUUAACCAAACCCAAAAGAAGAAGAAAAUGGGUUCCGUCCCUCACAUAGUAGAAGAUUGCAUGGGCGUCCUCUAAGUCUUUAACGACGGUUUGGUCAACCGUUGCUCUUUAUCGAACAUAAACUUCAACAUUCCCAUCAUUGAUGACGGCUCCGUGGGCUUCAAAGACAUCACUUUUGACAAAAAAAACAAACUUUCCUUUCGUUUAUACAAACCCAAAUCAACAAACCAGGAUUCCAAUCUCCUUGUGGUGUUCUACUUCCACUAUGGCGGCUUCUGCCUUGGCUCACACGAGUGGCCAAACUGCCACAAUUGCUACAUCCUCCUGUUAUCAUCAGGGCUCCAGGCCCUUGUGGUGUCUCCCGACUAUAGGCUCGCUCCAGAGCACAAGCUUCUAGCCGCAAUUGACGAUGCGAUGAGUGCAGUGGAGUGGCUGCUGAGGGAGGCUUUGGGUGAGAGCACGAAUAACUGUGAUGCCUGGAUGGCGGCUGACUUCGACCGGGUGUUUGUAUUGGGUGAAUCUUCAGGUGGGAAUAUGGCUCACCACCUGGCAAUUCGGCUCGCGACGGGGUCGGUCCAGCCGGCUCCAAUUAGGGUACGCGGGUUUGUGCUGCUGGCACCAUAUUUUGGUGGGGUGGAGAGGACAAAGUCUGAGGAGGGUCCUUGUAAGGCAACGCUGAGUUUGGAAAUACUUGACCGAUUUUGGAGGCUUUCAAUGCCAGUAGGAGAAACCAGAGACCAUCCAAUGGUCAACCCAUUUGGACCAAACAGUCCAAACCUUGAGAAGGUGGCCCUAGAUUCCAUCUUGGUUAUCUUGGGUGGCAAUGAACUGUUGAAAGAUAGGGUGGAGAGCUACUGGAGAAAGUUAAAAGAUUUGGGAAAGAAAAUUGAGUGUGUCGAAUUUGAGGGAGAGCAACAUGGUUUUUUAACGAAUGAUCCCUACUCAGAAGUCUCAGAUGAAGCUUUGCAAGUUAUUAAAAGAUUUAUGACCGAAAACUCCAACUGAUUAAGGCAUCAUCUGCAUGCAUGCAUGUGAUAUUAUUGGAAGUGU